GAUGUGAGUCCUGCCCUGGGCUGUGCUCCCCGCCAUGGCUGACACCAUCUUCAGCAGUGGAAAUGAUCAGUGGGUUUGCCCCAACGACCGCCAGCUUGCUCUGAGAGCCAAGCUGCAGACGGGCUGGUCUGUGCACACGUACCAGACGGAGAAGCAGAGGAGGAGCCAGUGCCUGAGCCCCGGAGAGCUGGAGGUCAUCCUUCAGGUCAUCCAGAGAGCAGAGCGGCUGGACAUCCUGGAGCAGCAGAGGAUCGGGCGGCUGGUGGAGCGGCUGGAGACGAUGCAGAGGAACGUGAUGGGCAAUGGUCUCUCCCAGUGUCUGCUCUGCGGGGAGGUGUUGGGGUUCCUGGGCAGCUCCUCUGUAUUCUGCAAAGACUGCAGGAAGAAAGUCUGCACCAAGUGCGGGAUCGAGGCUUCCCCUGGCCAGAAGCGGCCCCUGUGGUUGUGUAAGAUCUGCAGUGAGCAGAGGGAGGUCUGGAAGAGGUCAGGGGCCUGGUUUUACAAAGGGCUCCCCAAGUACAUCUUGCCCCUGAAAACCCCUGGCCGGGCUGACGAUCUCCACUUUCGACCUCUGCCUGUGGAGCCCACAGAACCACAGCCUCAGAGUGCUGAAGCCAGCCGUGUCUACACAUGGGCCCGAGGGAGAGUGGUUUCCAGUGACAGUGACAGUGACUCAGAUCUCAGCUCCUCCAGCCUGGAGGGCAGACCCAUGCCCUCUGGGGUCAAGGGCACAACAUGUGACAAGCCUAGAGGGGACUCAGGUGGCAGCAUGGAGUCACCCAGGAUGGGGUCUGCCCGCCCACCCAGCCAUCUUUCGGGCAGCCAGAGCAGUCUGAGCAGUGAGGCUGGGGCAGGUGUUACAGAGCCUCAGGGAGACACCUCAUCCCGGCCCGAGCCCAGGGUACCCGGCAAAAGACAUACAUGGGCAACUCCCCGCUACUGAGAUGGCCAGCUGACAUCUCUAGGCUGAGGCAAAUUCUCCAGAGGAAGAUUCAGAGAGAGACAACAGGGCCAGCCCACUGGAGCUCCUCUCUGAAGGUUCUUGAGGCCUCACAAAUCUCCCUGAUACCUUGACCUCCAACUCAACAAGCCAGUGUUUGGGGACUGAGCAUGCUUGCCCCCCACCCUGAAGUGCCUUAUUGACUAUCUCACUCAGCACCCCACCUUUAUUUAUUGUCCCUCCCCCAUCCCAGUCAUGUCUCGAUUUGCUCGGGUCUUGGGUUGGGCUGGGAAGGCCUUCCUAUAUGCACUGAAGUUUGGGUAGAACCACAGAGGGCUUUCUUUGAACUUAAUGAUGAGAAAUCUAACCCUCAGUGUGAUCCUGCAGAGCUGAGCAACCCACCACCAUCCCC